AUGGCCGGCGUGAAACCUUACGAGCUAAGAACUAAGAACAAGGAGCAACUUCAAUCUCAAUUGGUCGAUUUGAAGAAGGAGUUGGCCGAAUUGAAGGUUCAAAAAUUGUCAAGACCAUCUCUACCAAAGAUCAAGACUGUUAGAAGAGAUAUCGCCCGUGUCUUGACUAUCAUCAACGAACAACAAAGAGAAGCCGUUAGACAAUUGUACAAAGGUAAGAAAUUCCAACCAAAGGAUUUGAGACCAAAGAAGACUAGAGCUUUGAGAAGAGCUUUGACUAAGCACGAAGCUUCCCAAGUUACCCUCAAGCAAAGAAAGAGAGAAAUCAACUUCCCUCAAAGAAAAUUCGCUAUCAAAGCUUAA